AUGGACAAGGUUGAAACAGGCUCUGUGGAGAAGCCAAACAUCUCUCACAUCGAGAGUAACAUUGAAACCGACACCAGAGACGCUUUUGUUGUGGAAAAGCCAGACCUGUUGAAGCAGUACUCGGAGGAGGAGAUCGAUGCGUUCCACAAAAAAAUCACCAGAAAGAUCGACUUGCGUUUGAUCCCAAUGUUGGUGCUUUUGUACAUUUUGAACUACCUCGACAGAAACAACAUCGCCAGUGCGAGAUUGGGUGGUUUGGAAGAGGACUUGGGUUUGGUGGGUAACGAGUACCAAACAUGUAUUUCCAUUCUUUUCGUCGGUUACAUUCUUAUGCAAAUUCCCGCCAACAUGUUCUUGAACAAGUUCAAGAGACCCUCCAUUUUCAUGGCUACCAUCAUGGGUAGUUGGGGUACCAUUUCCACCUGUACUGCUGCCGUGCAGAACUUCGGUGGUUUGUUGGCAAUUCGUUUGAUGUUGGGUUUUGUUGAAGCUGGUUUCUUCGGAAGUGCCCUUUACGUCUUGUCCUGUUGGUACACCAGAAAGCAGCUCAGUUUCAGAAACUCCUUGCUUUACUCUGGUUCCUUGCUUUCUGGUGCUUUCUCCGGUCUUAUUGCCGCCGGUAUUGUCGACAACAUGGACUACCUCCACGGUUUGAGAUCUUGGAGAUGGUUGUUUAUCAUUGAGGGUGCCAUUACCGUGGGUAUUGCUCCUUUGGCCUACUUUAUUUUGCCAGACAUGCCUCACAACUCCAAGAUGUUGUCUGACUUUGAGAAGGAUGUCGUCUUGUACAAGAUCAGAUGUGAGACCGGUCAGGACGACUCCGAUGAGGAGAACCAGGAAUCCUACUGGGGUGCUUUCAAGCUCGCUAUUUCCGAUAUCAAGGUCUGGGCCUGUACUGGUAUUUUGUCUUGGUUGGUUUCUGCCGCUGGUGUCACCAACUUUUUCCCCUCUAUCGUUGAGACCUUGGAGUUCAACCGUGUUAUCACCUUGUGUUUGACUGCUCCACCAUACAUUCUUGCUGUGAUCACCACUUUCCUUUGGGCCCUCCAUGCCGAUAAAACAGGAGAGCGUUUCUGGCACGUCGUUUCCCCUAUGGUCAUUGCGUUGGCUGCCUUCAUUAUCGCCGUAUCAACAUUGAACACCGGUGCAAGAUACUUCUCCAUGGUCAUCAUGGUUCCUGCAAUCUACUGUUCUUUCACUACGAUUUUGUCCUGGAUGUCCAACUCGUGUCCUCGUCCUCCAUUAAAGCGUGCCAUUGCGCUUUCUUUGAUGAACUGUUUGUCCAACUCCGCCUCCAUCUGGAACGCUUACUUGUACCCAUCUUCUGCUGGUCCUCGUUACACUGUCGCCUUCACCUGUAACUGUGUUUUCGUUGGUCUUGCCAUUGUGUGUGCUGUGGCUUUGAGAUGGAGAUUGCAGGUCUUGAACAAGAGAAUCGAUGACGGUACGAUGAACUGGGAGAAGGAGCUUGGUAAGGGUAACGACGGUUCUGAGGUCAAGGAGGACUUCAGAUUCUUGAUCUAG